CCUCGAAACGUUGACUUCAAUGCGACUUACUAUACUUUCUCGUACUGCGGCAAGUGGACGUCUAGUUGUGCAUAACAGAUAAUAGACAGCGUCUGCCAUUGCUGGUAUCUACGCGAUUACGUAUACGGGCUCAGAUUCCGGAGGCAUUCGAGUUUUCUGCGUCUGCAACACAGGAUCUGUACGUGUAUUUACUCAUUGCCCAGUCAAAUGCUGUUUUUCAGUCAGCUAAGGUGUAGCAAAUCUGCAGGACUCGAAAUAAAGUUGUUUCUGUACAUAAAUGGAAGAGAAAUCGGAGGCAAUACGGUGGAUCAACCAGCAGCUGAAAAGCCAUAGCUACAAGCCUGUGACACAUUUAGAAGCUGAAAUUGCGGAUGGAAUUACACUGCUGAAGCUGGUUCAGAUAGUGGCCGAUGAACAGCUUCCACGCCACUUUUUGAGACCUACGUUGAGAGUCCAGAAGAUCGAAAAUCUCAAGAUAUGUUUGCAAUUUUUAUGCGACAAAGGCAUUGACCUGGAUGGAAUCAAAGCAGAAGAUGUGGCUGAUGGCGAUAUACAUUGUAUUCUAUUGUUGAUUCAAAACACUCGAGAAUGGCAGCAGGCAUUCAGAGAAGGAAUGGCAGAGGUUGAGACUGCACUUGAGGCGGUACAGUCACGGCCCACUAGUCGUGGACUUCUUGAAUUUAAUAUUGUGACGAAGGAGGAUGUUGCUGUUUUAAACUGGGUUGGUGAAAUGAUUCACAGGGAUGUGUCAUCUUAUUCAUUGUUGUCUGAUGGUCGAAUCUUGUGCAAUUUAGUGAAUGCUCUUUGUCCGGGAGCAAUAGAUCUUGGGAGGAUUAUGUCUGCUUUGCCUGUUGACCGUAUACAAAUGGCUUUGGCUGCAGCACACCGUCACUUAGAUGUAAACCCAGGCACUCUGGUAGCGAAAAAAUUUGCAGAAUGCAAAGACGCAGAGAAUCUGCGUCACUACUUGGAAAAGAUACAGAUGGCCUACCAAAAUCAAGUCAAGAAGAGAGAAGAAUAUCAACAUCAACGACGAAUCGAGUCUCGGCUUGAAGCAGACAGGAGCAGACGAGAAGCAAAAGAAAAGCGUUUACAACAACAGCAAGAGAGAGCUAUAGAACGUCGCAGACAUAACCUAGUCGACAACACUCGUUUGGCACAUUCAACUGAAAGCUUAGAUCCUGUAGAGAAUGUAGCACAUCAAUUUCAGAAGGAGAAAGAAAAAAGGGAGCGAACAAAUCAAGCCAGAACUGGGCAGGAGAGACUGCAAGUUUCUUACAAGGCAAGACUAGAAAAGGAACGUCAAGAUGUGGCCAAGCAAGUCAAAGAAGCAGAGAUGCGUGAACGUGAGAAAUUAGAAAGAGAGAAGCAUGAGCGGUUACAGAGGCUGAAAGAAGAACAGGAAAAACGAGAACGGCUGCAGAAACAGAGACUGCACGAGGACAAGAGAAAGCGGUUGAAAGAAGAGCUGAAAAGGCAUGAGCAGAUACGACAAAGGAGGCUGUCUGAGCAACAGAUUGUUCUCGCAAGAUACGAACAACAGAUUAAAGAAAGCCAUAAGGAUGAGAGUGAGAGGUCGAUGUCUUCUUCAGAUGUUGUACGCAAUGCCGCAGCUAGUGCAUCUGGACAGCUGCCGGACACAGAUACGUUACUGACUAGAGCACUGCAGCGUCGCAAAGCCUUGUCGACAAGUGGAGACAUUUUAUUGCGACAGUCUGUGUCUUUAAGCCAUUUUGGUAGACGAAACAAGCACAAAAAGGGAUUAAGGCGACACGCUAUUUCUUUGACAGACUUCAGGUCAACUGGAAUGCUUGAUACAAUAGAAGAGGAACGUAAAUCAAGUGAAUCAAGCAAUGCUUCCGAGGAAAGAUUUUUUGAUAAAACACUAUCUGAAGGUGACAUUCGCCAAAGUCAGGGAUUGGAUGAGUAUCAAGUAUCCACUAGUGCCGACAAUGUGAGAACCGUUCAAGAUGUUGCUACUUGUGCCAGGCAAGAACAAUUGGAUGAUUCAUUCUACUCAUCUUCCAUGCCAAGGCCAACAGAUCAAGAUACAAAACUAGUACAACAAAAAUCGGGGUUACUAAUUGUGAAACCAGAGCAUGAUACAAAUCAUGAUAAAUCACUACAUUCUGAAGUUGAUGUUAUUACUGCAAAGUCUAAAAGCAUUUGCAUACUGGAUGUACCACGAACUUAUGUAGUUGAGUCUGCUGGCCAAGUCAAGCCGGUACCCGUUCUCUCUCAAGUCUCAGACAAACGGCAGGAAAUGUCUAGUAGCUACGAUAUGAAGCUAGAGGAGAGGAUAUUGCAUUUGGAGGAGAGCAACGCCAGACUUAAGGAGCUAUUAGUUAAGGAGACAAAGAGACGUGUCAACAGUCGGGCAAAAAGGAGGGCAUCUCGAGCACGUAAACUAAAGAUUGAAGUUCGUCUGGAGUACAUGUUGAAAGUGAUUCGACUUGCUUCACAGAAAAUGCAGGAUUAUGAUGCCUGCAUGGUCGAUUUUUCACGAAAGUUGGCUCAUAUUCAGUCUAACGUGGCUGCACUGUCGGAGCUUUAUUCUCUGCAGGGAAGUGCAGAGAUGAGGUUUGCUCAAGACGAGUCAGUUAGAGGACUACAUGACAAGAUAAAGACGUUGACAGAGAAGGUCGAGUAUCUGCAACGAAUGAGUUUUGCUUCAUUGAAUAGCGAGUCGUUGGUGGAAUCUGCUGGAGAUCGAGAAGGCAGUGCUACAAAGAUGCGAAGUCCAAGUAUUGGCUUCAAAGAGAGCAGUAAAGGAUUCAAAGGUAGCCGAAAUUUCUUGGGUGGUUUUAAUCCAUUUGGAAAGGGCAAGAGUAGCUAUCACCAGUCUCACCAACAAAUUAACAGAUCGGAAACAAAUCACUCGACCCUUUCACCAUCUUCGGCCUACUCUCAGUCGUCUGCACAGCUAAGACCACCAGAUAGCUCUGGAAUUCGAGUUCAACGACGUGACAGUUUCUACAAACUUUCGAAUUUUUUUGGUGAACGUCCACCUCAGGGUAUUCGCACAUUUCUUGAUGGACUCGGGUAUAUUCGCUAUGCUGAUGUUUUUGAUCGUGAACACGUGUCUAUGGUCGAAUUGCAGCAUAUGAAUGAGGAACACUUGGCACAGUUGGGGAUUCCCUUUGGACCUCGACUUGUUAUGGUGAAGGCAUUGCAAGGACAUCAAUCCAAGAAUGCCAGCUAAGCUAUAAUAAUUAUAUUUUGUCAUUCUUGAUGUUGUCUAUUUAGCACAUCAUUCACAAUAGUUUGGAUUGUUUUAAGUAAUACUAUUUUUCUAAAUGCAAUUACUGAUUUUGUUGAAGUACAUUCACCAUUUUGUCUCUGUCACAA